AUGUCUCACGACGACCUCCCUUCCGUCGCCUUCACCUCUUUCCACUGCCACGUCACCUCGCCGCCCAAGAAGCAAACGGGCGCGUCGCGUUCGCCUCUCGUCGCGGGCGCGGACUUUCGCAGCCCGCGCCGGCCGCUUUCCGCCGCAACCCGCAACAGCCGCUGCCACGAGAUGGCGCGCGCGGGGGCGUGGCUCCCUAAAUGGGAACUUGACAGCGAUGACGACCCGGCGGCAGCGGCGGCGGCGGGUGAAACAAAGCCCAAGAGGAAAGCCAGGAAGCGGCCGGACGGUGAGGUGCAGGCUGGAAAAGUGAAAGAGUUUUCAGAAAUAAUCUCCGAGAGCAGGAGAACAGCAGCGUUGACCGGGACGGCCGCGGGGAACGAUCGAGAGAUGGAAGUGGACGAGGUGGUCUCACCUGCUUGUGUGUUGGCCACGGCAGCGCGGGAAGCGCUUGCCAUGGCACCUGCUGAGGGCUGCUUUUGCGAAGACGCCGAUGAUGGCGCGAGCAGCGCGGAACUGGCGGGAAGGGAGCGCGCUGGGGGCGCUGUCGCGGAGAGGGAGGGACAGGACGUGGCGGAGUCUGAGCGGAAGGUUGUUGCUCCAGACGCCUGCGGUUCCCCCUCCCUACAAGUCCAUGCAGCAGCGCCUUUCUUGUCGACCGUAGAGGCGGAACUAGACCAGCGCCGGGAGGUGCUGGGGGGGAUGCUGGCGGUGCUGCGUCAGCGGAUGAGCGCCCUUAGAGCCCUGGCAGGCGGGGAAGGGAGCGGUGAAAGUGGGGUAGAAGAGGAGAUUGAUAGAGUGGUGGAUGGCAGAGAGGAAGAUGAGAGCGACGAUGUGGAAGCAGAGGAGGAGGAGUCUGAAGACGGGGAUGGUGCUGAGAAUGAGGAGAGGCGAGAUGGGGAGGUGAACGACUGGUGUUGCGACAGUGUACCAAACGAAUUGCAGUAUUCAGAAGAGGCCUUGUGCAGAGAAACUGGUGUUGGUGCUGCUGCUGCUGCUGGCAGGAUGACGUGCACAGAAAGUUCAGCCACUGUGGGCAGCGUCAUUAGGGAGGGGCAUGCGGAGGGCACAAGUCUUAUAGAUUUGGAGCCUAACCCAUCGUUCAAGGGCCAAGAUGAGAAGCAAAGCGGGUGUGAUGCAACGUGCUGUGCGUCAGGGCAGCCCACUGCUGCCAUAAAUGACGUGGAAAGACUGGAAGGAGUGUGCUAUGAGGGGCUGGAACUUGGAGGGAAGGAGGUAGCAGCAGGUGAGGUUAUUGAUACAGGGCACAGGCCGCUUGGGCUACCAUGUGUGUUGUCCGACGACUCAGACGAUGACCAUUUCCUUCCCAUCUCCUUCCCCCACUCCCGUCCCCCGAACUUCCCAUUCGCGCGCCCUUCCCUCAUCCCCUUUUUCCAAUAUCACAUUUCCUCCCAGUUCCCCUUCCAGAUCGCUUCCGCAAGCCUCCGCCAUCAUAUCUCGACCGCCCAGUUCUUUUUGCUUUCAGCUCGCCUCCGCUCCGCACACCCCAAGUCUCACCUCUCCCAACCCCUCCCCCCCUUUCCCACCACCCUUUCAACGCCGCUCUCGCCUUCCAUCCACUCCUUCUGGCUGGACGGACACAUCGCACAGCUGCAGGAGUGCAAGCCGCUUUCCGAAGCCGAGGUGAAGGCGCUGUGCGAGAAAGCGCGGGAGAUUCUUGUGGAGGAGAGCAAUGUGCAGCCCGUGCGUUGCCCGGUGACCAUUUGCGGGGACAUCCACGGGCAGUUUCACGACCUCGCGGAGCUUUUCCGCAUAGGCGGCAAGUCGCCCGACACGAACUACCUCUUUAUGGGGGACUACGUAGACCGAGGCUACUACUCCGUUGAAACCGUGUCGCUGCUGGUGUCGCUGAAGGUGCGCCACCCUGACCGCAUCACCAUCCUGCGAGGCAACCACGAGAGCAGACAGAUCACCCAAGUGUAUGGUUUCUACGACGAGUGCCUACGCAAGUAUGGCAGCGCCAAUGUGUGGAAGAUGUUUACAGACCUCUUCGAUUACUUCCCCCUUACAGCGCUUGUGGAGUCGCAAAUCUUUUGUCUGCAUGGCGGUCUCUCCCCAUCCAUAGACUCGCUGGACCACGUGCGCCAGCUCGACCGCAUCCAGGAGGUGCCGCAUGAGGGUCCCAUGUGCGACCUGCUCUGGUCUGACCCUGACGACCGCUGCGGCUGGGGUAUCUCCCCCCGUGGUGCUGGCUACACGUUUGGUCAGGAUAUCAGUGAACAGUUUAAUCAAAACAAUGGACUCAACCUUGUGGCACGUGCACACCAGCUGGUGAUGGAAGGAUACAACUGGGCACAUGAGCAAAAGGUCGUAACAAUCUUCAGUGCACCAAACUACUGCUACCGCUGUGGUAAGUAG